CCGCUGCCAGCAGCAGCCCGUGCCAAAAGCCUCUGCUCGGGUGCUACAAAAUUCCGUGCCCCCUGCUCCGGGCCUUAUCGCUGAUGCGAGAGCUAUUAAGCCAAUAUUACACUGUGGCGUUAAUAUAUUGCGAAAACCACACCAUACCAGACCCUGAAUAUGCCAAAUCAGUGCCCUGGACUUAGUAAUAUGUCGUUAUAAAAGCUGCCCCGUUUUCCGUUCCGUUCUUUUCGUCCAACCAUUCCGCUGCUAUGCCCACCGAGAUUGACCUCACCUUAGAUCAACCAGUGCUGGUGUCUCCACACCAAAUCAACACUGUUGCAGUAAUUGGAGGAGGCGCUUCUGGUGCCAUUGCUGCUGACAGCUUGCUUCAAGAAACUUCAGGCAUCAAGAAUGUCACAUUGUUCGAAAGAAGAGCUGUCCUUGGGGGAGUAUGGGCAUUGGACGAAGAUACCAUCAAAACCCCGAAUCACAUUGUGAAGUCGGGUCACUCCUCAUACAAAUCAGAUCCUCAGCUCCCCAACCCAUUCCAUACGGUAACGGGGGUUUCGGAAAUAGUGUUGCCCAAGCCAAAUCAGGAGAGAUUUGAAGAAACCCCUAGUUAUCAGGGUCUCAAGACGAACGUGCUCGAACAAAUGAUGACUUUCAGUGAUCUCAAAAGAUGGCCUAUUCCUGGAGUAAAUGACCCCAAAGAUACCCAGUUCGUAGACGGAUUGGUGGUUCAAGAGUACAUUGACACCUAUAUCAAAAGAAAUUCUUCGAACGAAAGGUUCAACUUGCAGAAAGACUCUACCAUCGAGGACGUCGAGAGAAUUCCUCGAGAAAACUUGGAAGAAACGGAUACAAACUUAUUACCUUACCGAUUCAGGCUUACUGUGAGAAAGCAUUUAAACGAAAGCCAAGACUUAUGGUACCAACAAGACUUUGAUGCCGUUGUUGUUGCAGUUGGUCAUUACCAUGUCCCAUUCAUUCCAGAAGUUCCAGGACUCGCUGAGAUUCAGGAAAAGUUUCCAGAGGUUAUCGAGCACGCCAAGUUUUACAGACUUCCUGAAUCUUAUAAGGAUAAGACUGUUGUUGUUGUCGGUUCGAGAGCUUCAGGUGCUGAUUUGACAAACCAAAUAUCCCCCCAUGCCUCUAAAGUAUAUCAAUCCAUUCGCACAUUGUCGUUUAGAAGUACACCAGGAGAUAAAAUAGAACAGAAACCAGUGAUUCUGAAGUACUCCCUUGAUUCAAAUGGAUUCAAGGUCCACUUCACAGACGGCACUGAAGUUCUGAACCCUGAUACAAUCAUAUAUGGGACAGGGUAUGAUUUCUCAUAUCCAUUUUUGAACCGCUACACCCAGUCAAAGAUCACCCUAGAUGGAAAAAUUGUGCCUGACUUAUAUCAGCACACAUUCCAUAUUGAUGAGCCAUUGCUUUCAUUCAUUGGAGUGCCAAUUGAUGGAAUUUCGUUUAGAGUGUUCGAGUAUCAAGCGGUGUUGACCGCCCGGUACUUGACUGGAAAAGUCAAAUUACCAUCUAAGAACGAGCAAAGGAAAUGGACAGCUGAAAGACGUGAAUUGAAGGGAAUAACGAGAGCCUACCAUACUAUUGGAGUUCUCGAUGCCAUUCCAUAUCUGAGCACUUUGACAAAGUUAGGUGAGGUAGAGAAAGUAUCAGGAAGACCGUUCCCUGUAUACUCUGAAGAAGAUUUAGGUGCCCUCAAAGCAGCAACUGAACGUUUGAAGAAAUUCUGGGAUGAAAUGUGAUUAUUACCAAAGAACAUUCCAGCAGGCUGUGAAUUUGUUUUUAGCUAUGACAUCGUGUCGUGCCAAUGAAAUACAAUUCCAAGAUCAGCUAAAG